GCCACAGGUCAAAGAACCGUACACGUACCUGUCCAUGCCAUUUUAGAAUUCAGAAGCUCCCACCGAUACUCGCAUUCGUUCGAUCACUUCAAAGUUCGAACUCACAAAAGCAAGAGUCUCUCUCUGUCUCUGUGUGUGAGAGAGAGAGAUCAGAGAUGUGCACGUUAGAGAAAAGAGGCAGGAUUUUCAUCCUAACGAUAACAGGUUCCGAUGAACACAGGCUAAACCCAACGCUCAUCGACGCAAUCCAAUCGGCUCUACACCGAGUCCGAGCCGAGUCAGCCUCCUCUUCAGCUCUGAUCACCACCGCCCAAGGCAAGUUCUUCUCCAACGGCUACGAUCUCGCCUGGGCCGGCACCUCAAAAACUCGAAAGGAACUCAUGAACUCCAAGCUACAAUCCCUCGUAACCGACCUCAUCUCUCUCCCAAUCCCCACCAUCGCCGCCGUCUCCGGCCACGCCUCCGCCGCCGGCUUCAUCCUCGCCCUCAGCCACGACUACAUCCUCAUGCGAAGCGACCGAGGCUUUCUCUACAUGAGCGAGCUCGAUAUCAAGCUCGUGAUCCCGCCUUGGUUCAUAGCUCUCUUCGAGUGCAAGAUCGGCUCGCCUAAGGCUCGGCGCGCCGUCAUUUUGACGGCGGCUAAGAUUACGGCUAAGCAAGCCGUCGAAUUGGGGAUCAUCGACUCGGCUCACGAUAGCGCUGACGAGACCGUUGACUCUGCUGUGAGAUUGGGCGAAGAGUUAGCGAAAAGGGGAUGGGAUGGACACGUGUACGGUCAGAAUCGCAUGCGAUUGUUCGCUAAAGCCUUGGAUCAGAUUGCUCUUGACACCACCGAGAGUACUCAGACUCAGACUCGAUCGCGGAUGUAAGCAAAACGCGUGUCGUUCUGGUUGUCGGUUAUAAAACGGUAGUAGCUGUGUUGUCGUUCUGUGGUGCAUGUAUAAUUUAACGACAAGUACUUGAUAAAAAAAAAAAAGCCAUUGAUAACGACGUAUCAAGAGGUUGUGUAAUAAAUUCCAGAUUUUUAGUUCAAUUAAGAUUAAAAUUCAAUGGCUUUUGGACCUUUUUGACAAAUGCAUGUACGUUGUUUGAAAACGAAAUUACUUGCUUUUAUUUUUCCAAUAA